AUGUCAAGUGUUAAAGAUCUUUUAAAGGAGGCUAAAAAUGAGCUUGCUAGAGGAGAUUAUGAAGAAGCUAUAGAAAUAUCUAAAGAGGUGUUGAAAAAGGAAGAAAAUAAUUAUUUUGCUUAUGUGUUUAUGGGUAAAGCUUACUCCUGCAUAGCUAAUAGUGUCGAAGAGGCUUUGAAUAGUUAUAUAAGGGCUACUGAAUUGGUACCGUCAAAUGUUUUGGGUUGGAAAGGUCUAUUUUUAUUGAUAAACUCAAACGAUGUUUUACCAACUCAUCUCACUUUUAAUAAAUACUUCGAUUUAUGUGGUGAUUAUUCCAAUGUGUUAUUAUCACAGGAGCUGCCAUUGGUCGAUUUGAUUCAUGAAAUGAGAACAAUUAGGAAAAAAUAUCCUGAUUGUGAAGAAUCAUUCCUAAGACAUAUGUGCCCUGGUUCGCAAAUGGGCGAAUCUAUCUCUAGACAUUUUAUCACUCCACAAGAAUGUCUCUCAAAAUUGAUACAGAUAAUUAAUUCUAAAGAGAAAGAACAAGUUUCAAAAAUUGUCAGCAGAGAAAGAUUGAAACUAAGUGCUAAUGAUCCAUUAUACCAAACAAAGAUUAAUUCAUUGGCUUGGGAGGUUUAUCAAAGUUCAGAUGUCGAAGAUCUAUACGUCCAAUUGAUUAAUAUUUCUGAUGAUGAUGAAGAGAGAUCGAAAUUUGAAGAAGAGCUAUUAGAUCAUAGAAUCGUAGUUUUGAAGUCAAUGCCAAUUGAUCUUAAGGGAUCAUACUUCCAGAAGGUAAAAUCGAUGGUGGAAGAUAUGGUCCUAGUUGGUACUAAGUCUGAAAAAGCGUGGAAACUUUAUUUUGAAUGGCAAGAUUGUACUGAUCUGAAUUCUUUGGAUGGACAAAUAGUAAUGAAAUAUUUUACUACGUUCCCAAAGGAACCAUUGUCAGUUAUACUAUAUGCAUGGGUAUGUUCAAAAUAUUCUUCUUACGACAUAAAACAAUUAAACACAACAGGUAAGGAUGAACCUCAAGCCAUUAAAGAUGAACCAGAUAUGACAGAAAUUGAACAGUCUGAACUGUCAGAAAUGACAGAAAAUGAAGAAUCAAUACCAGCAUUAUUGGAAGCUGAUAUUUUAGAAACCCUUAUGGAAAAUAUAUCAAGAGCAAAAACUAGUAUCAUUGCUUAUAGAAUAAUUUCCCAAUAUUACUUAUUGUCUGCGGAAUAUGCUGCUGCACUACCUUAUAUUAAAUCUGGUAUAUCAUUAACAGCAUUUGCGAUUAGAGAUUUAGGUGCACAUUUAAUUAAUUCAAAAUUUGCAUUUACUUUAGAUCUUGCUUCCGCAUACACUUAUUUCGAUGCUCCAAAACAUCACAAAACAGCGUUAAGUUUAUUCGAUAAGGUCCUAUCCGAAGAUGAAUUUAAUGCUAGAGCUAAACUAGGUAAAGGUCUGAUUUUCAUGGAAAGAGAAAACUGGAUAGAAGCUAAAACGUUCUUAUCUGAAGUUGCUGAAAAAUUUUCAGACAAUUUAGAUAUUUUAUCACAGUUAGGUUGGAGUGAAGCAAACCUCGGAAAUCAUGAUAGAGCUCUUGAAAUUUUCAAUAAUGUUCUAAAUAGUAUAGAAGGUGUUGAUAUUAAGACAUGUGAAUUAAAAGCGGCCAAUUAUUGGAGACAAGCCAAAACAUAUUUACUAUUGCAAAAAGAAGAAGAGUUAAAGAUAACUGAUAGUGACAUGAGAUACGUAACAUUAGCUUAUAGAUCGCUAAUCCAUUCAUUAAAGGUACUAGAUACCUUCUCAAAAUCUUAUUCUACUUUGGGUGAUAUUUAUGCAAAUUAUUACAGUGAUACAAAAAGGGCAUUCGGCUGUUACUAUAAGGCAUUUGAAUUAGAUUCCAGUGAUAUCGUUGCAGCAAAAUAUAUGGUCGAGACAUAUUGUAACAGUGGAAAUUGGUCGGCUGCAGAAUCAAUCUCAAAAAUCUUAGUUAAAACCGAUGGUGCAAAGAAAUAUUUAAGGUAUACAUGUUGGCCAUUUAGAGUUAUAGGUAUUGCUAAUUUAGAGAGACAACAAGAGAGCGAUGCAAUUGAAUGGUUCCAAUCUGCUUUACGUAUUGAACCGAAUAAUGUCGAAUCGUGGGUUGGAUUAGGUCAGUCUUAUUUGAGUUGCGGCAGAAUAGAAGCCUCUAUUAGAGUAUUUGAAAAGGCAACAGAAUUAGAUCCCGAUCACCUGUAUGCAAAAUAUUUUACAGCACAAUCCCUUUCAGAGAUGGGUGAAUAUGUUAAGAGUAUUUCUAUAUUUGAAGAAAUAAUAAUGGAAACCCCAAAGGAAGAAUCAUUCCAAGUUUCAUACUCAGAAACUUUGAUGAAACAUGCCCAGGAUUUAUUUAAUCAAGGAUUUUUAACAAAGUCUGUAUCAAUUGCUAUUGAGGCAAUUUCUGUUAUGAGUUAUAUUGCGACAGAUUUGAAUCGUUUCCCAAGCAAUCUAUGGCUAUCUCUUUUCUCUGCAUUGAAAUUAUUUAUUCUAGUCGAAUCAAAAGUGGAUAAGUUACCAAUAGAAACCGUAGUUUCGAUUUUUGAAAAUUGUAAAAUAAAAGACGUAUCAGAAAUCGAUGAUAUCGAUGGUGUUACCAUCUCAUCAUUGCUAACUACCGCUGAUGAUAAUGUUGUGAUAACAUGCCAAUCUCUGAUUUUAGCUGCUAAAUGUGCAAUUUCAACUGGUAAUAUUGAUCAAGCUACAGGAACUUUAAAGUCAUCACUGUGGCAUAAUUUAGGUAUGGCCGAGCUCAUUUCUUAUUUAACAUUAAAAGAUAAUAAGCACAAGGAAUCAUCGAUCUUCUGCUUUAAGAAAGCUAUUAAAUAUCAAUCAAAUAGUUUUGAAUCCUGGGUAGGUUUAGGGAUUGCCACUAUGGAUGCCAAUUGGAAAGUCUCUCAGCAUUGUUUUAUAAAAGCGAUUGCUUUAGCACCAAGAGAGUCUCAUAUUUGGUUUAACUUGGCUGUUCUUGCAUUGAAACAAGACGAUAUUGAAUUUACACGUCAAGUCAAAUCAAGGUUACAGAGUAUAGCCCCACAAGAUUCCUCAGCAAGGCUUGGUAUGGCAUUAGUAUAG